UGUCAGUGCAACUAUAAAUAUGUUUCGGUUCAAAUAAAAUUGCAUUAAAUUGAAUUAUUGUGGUCUGAUUAAAUUAAACAAGUGUUCAAAAUGCCUCUAAUACGUUCAGCCAGUCUUAAUUUAUUUGUUGAAAUCAUUGUGCGCAUUGUAUUUCUAUCUACUUUUUGUUACAUGGAAUCCAUGCCACCGUUUAUUCGCGUUAUACAGCCGUCUGAAAUGGCGGAGAAUCUCAAGUACCCCCGCCACGAGUCUUACGUACCCGGGACGAUGCUCUGGGGCAUUGUGUUGUCUGUGCCCUGUCUGUUGUCUAUCGUCGCGUGGGCGGCGUGCAAUGAUUGUAAUGACGCGUUGGAGUUUCUUCUUGCGUGGACAUUAUCGCUGGGUAUCACCGGUAUUUUGACAGACACCGUCAAACUUAUAGCAGGUCGCCCCAGACCAGACUUCUUCUACCGAUGUUUUCCCGAUGGAGUCGAAACGGCAGAUCUCAAGUGUACGGGGGACAUGGCGGAUAUUAUGGAGGGGAGAAAGUCAUUCCCCAGUGGGCAUAGCAGUUUGUCCUUCUGUUCGUUGGGCAUCGCGUCGCUAUGGAUCUGCGGUAGGCUCGGAGUGUUGGCUCGAAGGCGGGGGUCGUCGGUUCGAAUCUCGUGCACGCUAGCACCGCUUGUAUUGGCCGGUUGUAUAGCACUGUCGAGGACUUGUGAUUACCAUCAUCAUUGGCAGGAUGUCCUAGUAGGUUCGAUACUAGGGCUCUCAGUAGCGACAUUUUGCUACCGUCAAUACUAUAACCCGCUGACGUCAGACCAUUCCGGGAUACCGUACAUAGUAUCCGGUAGUAUAGCCAAAUAUUCCAAUGGAAAACCCGACAUAAGCCCGGUGAAGGAAAAGGAGGAAUCUACGCCGUUGUUGAAGAAGGAGGAUAAAUGGAUUUAGAUGUCAUUUUUAACUGACUUUAAAAAAGGAGGGUCU